AUGGCGCCAACCCCGGAAGAAGCACCCAAGAAGCGCGGUCGCGGCAGGCCCCCCAAAGCCGAUGGCCAGAAGAAGGCCGCCUACGUCCCCACAGGACGCCCUCGCGGUCGCCCCAAAGGUAGCGGAGGCGUGAAGAAGGCCGUUACCCCCAAGAAGCCCGCUACGGGUACCGGUAGAGGACGCGGCAGACCCAGGAAGAGCGACGUCGCCGAUGCGACUACCACGCCCACAGCUGCGACUGCCACACCCAAGAAGAGCACGCCGACCAAUUCCGCCACGUCCACCGGCCGCCCCCGUGGUCGCCCUCGCAAAUCCGACGCGUCUACUGCCGCGCCCACGCCCAAGAAAGCCGAGUCAGCGCGAAAGGCUAAGGGAAGGACGAGCGACGUCUCGAAGGAGUCGUCUUCCUCUGGUUCGUCAUCAGGGUCUGACGAUGAAGAACAGGCUACUAAGAAUGUCUCCAAGCCGCUCUCCGAUGCCGCCGACUCCACCGAAGAGGUUCGUCGCUGGUUCCCCUCGAAAAUGAUGCGAGGACUGCUCGGCUGA